CUGUGACAUAAAAAGUGGCGUAACGACCGACGUAUUUAUUAUAAUGUCUGCUCUAAUAAAAUUUGAUCACAAUAAUAUAAAUGAUAAUAAUUAUAACAUUCAUGAACCGUCUCUUGAAUAUAAUAUUACCUAUGACAAAACUCAUAACUAUAAUAUUUUAACUGUCUGAUGUUAAAGACCAAUUGAUAGUGUCAAAAUUUCAGAUAAUCGUUCCGAUAUGAAACGCCGAGUAUUUUUCAUCGCGGUGCCUAUACGGUAUCAACAUUGUCUUUUUAUUUAUUAAUGCCGCGAAAUCACGAUGGCAGAAAGUAUCGAUAGUGGGGAUCACCAGACAUAUAACGGCCGAUAGAUUUACGGUUUUCCGAAUAACACAAUAUUGUCGGCGGUUAGCAUUAGACGUAGAUGACGAUCACCAACACCGAGCGGGUGUACCUAACGUUCCGGUUAGCGUAAGCGUAUACUUGCACGCUUGGAUCUAUAUUAUUGGUAAAUAUUUGCAGUUUUUUAUUGAAUUUCAAAUACUGUUUCGUUUACAUAAAAAAAAAAAAUGCUAGAAAUGAUGAAUGGAUACGCGUGAUGACAUUAAAGACUGCCUCCGUCGUUAUACCUUUUAUCCAGGUAUACACUUUAAUGAGCACAGGUUUUUAUCUUUAUUUUUUUUCGUUCCUUUACAAUUAAUGUUUUUCUUGUUUUUAAAUUUAAGCAUUACACGAAAGUAGCGUUUCCGCUGCCGUCUAAGAUUGAAAUUAUAAUAUCGUUGGACUUGUGUUAUUCGAGUCGCAAAAUAGUCGCAGUAUACAAAAACGACUGCGGGUGCAUGUGACAGACGUGGAAAACACUUUAUUACGGGAAUAGCAAACGACCCACGCAAUAAGUGGAUACCAAUACAAGUAUGAAUAAAAUCUGUGCCCGUUUAGAUUUUUAAAACUACGUAAAAAACCAAAAUUAAUUUUACUCAACGUCUUAUAGAUGAAUCACUAGUUCAUGACCAAUGAUUUACUCUGUAUAACAAUAAUCGAAAAACACAUAUAGUGUCCCACGAAUAUAUACUCAUUGUAAUAUCUCCGAAGAUAAUAAAGACAGUCAAAUUUUGUUAUUUUUUUAUAUUACUCACAGGGAGAUAAAGAAUACAAAUAUUUAUAUUUCAAUUAAAUAUUACGAAAAUUUAAAAUAAAUUUAUUUUAUUAUGUUCGAAAAAUUUGAAGAUAGCCAUUUUAUAAAGUUCAUUCUUCUGAAAAUGUUGACAUAUCAACUUUUUAUUCUAUUCUAUUUUAUGAUUUAUAUCAUUUUUUAAAGUUCCGAGAAAAAAGUAUGCAAUCAAUUAGCCAUAAUAAUAAUAAAUUAGUGAAUACGAUUACAGCCUGCUGCAUAAUUAUAGAUAGAUACUUUUUUCUAAACUUUAAAAAAUAAAAGAGAUAUUUUUUAAAUUUUUAAUCAAAAUAUAAAAAUCGAACUCAAAUAUAAAUCUUUGUAUUCUUUAUCUCUGCGAAUAAUAUAAAAAAAAAAAAAAAAAACAAACAGAAUUUGAUUAUCUAUAUUAUCUUAUGAGACAUUGCAAUGGGUAUAUCUUUGUAUGACACCCUGUAUAUAUACAUAUUUGUAUUAGUUUUAAUUUUCCUAUGUUUCGUAUUAAUGUCAACUAUGUAAUAUGACUAUGAUAUUUGUGUAGAUGUAUAAAUAUAUAAUAUUAAAUUAGGCAUACAAUUUUUUUUUUCUGGUUAAUAAGAUGUCAUAAUAUUAUUAUGCCGAUUGGUCAUUUGUAUUUAUUAAACUAAUUCCUUGAUAUAAUACGUGAAAUCGAUUUAGUUGAUACAUAAUCCCAAUAGCAUAUUCACGGGAGCGGUUUAGGGGGUUUUUAGUGUUUCCACUCCCCUUCAAAAGGCACACAAUUUCUAUAAAAUUAAUGAUAUUGAUCAAUUAAAUUUCAUUUAAAUUUUGUUUAUGUAACAUCUCCCCCCCCCCCCCUCAAAAAAUAAAAUCGUGAAUACGCCGCUGCGUGGUCAAUAUAAAGUAAUUGUAAACUUUGAAAUUAUAGAUUUUCUAAUACUAUUGCUUUAUAGAAGUUAAAAGCAAUAUGAAGAUUUAUUUUAAGUAAUCUUAAGUAAAAAAGAGCUGAUACUGCUAAUGAGCGUAUCACUGUUGUAGAUGGGAAGUAUUUUAAUAUACAUCUGAACGCAAUAUACGAUAAAUCAUUAUAUAAAAGGUAGGUAUCUAUUGAGGGAAAAAUUUAGGAGAAGGUCCCGGAUGCCACAUAAUCAGGGCAUCAUAAUUUUUUAAGAAAUGGUAAAAUGGAAGUUUUUAUUGAUAUCAACUCCAUUCCACAGUUUAAAAUCGGUGAGCAAAAACUAAAAUAAUGUGUUUUAGAGCACAAAGUGUGCAGCUCAAUAGUUUAAUGUGUUGUAAAAAAAAAUUGUCUUAUGAAAAAGCUCUAAAGAAAGAGUGCCCCUACAGGGCUGCUCGGCAUCUAACCACAGAAUAGUUAAUUUUAAAUAGUACCUAUAUUAUAGGUAAAUAAUACCUAUUGUAGAUAGAGACCUAAAACACAAUGAGUAUUAUGUGAGCACCCAUUUGUGUUUAUAAGUAAUAGGUAAAAAUAGACUACACCAGAAUUUCUUAACCUAUUUACUGUCACGACCUGCUAAAUUAAUAUAAAAUUUAUUAGUUACCCCUAAAUACAUAUUUUAUAUACUGUGACCUAAUAUUUUAUAUUUUUGGUGACUCCAAAUAAUUAGUUAAUGACUCCCAAAGAGAUCACGACAAUAAGAUUGAGAAAUACUGGGCUUCACGAUAUUUAUGUCAUGUCAUAUUAAUUAUAAUUUUUUACUUUCAGGAGACCAUAUAUAGAAUUCCAUUAAAAUGUAUAACUACAAACGGCCUAUAAAAAAAGCGUACCACUGGAAACACUUGACAGUUAAUAAACUCGUACUUGCAGUCAUGAUAGUAAGUAGUGUACCUUACUUAACAUUUGUACGACAAUUAUAAUACUGCAAUACUUUAAAAUGUUAAUCUGGUUUACUCCUUUAGAUAGUGGUUAAAGUAGAAAAAACUUCAAAGGGGGACUUUAUUUACCGAAAAUUGAGGGGUGUUAUUGAGAAUAAAACUUAAAAAACACUGGAACACAUACAUUUAUUCAUAAAAAUAUUUGUCUAAAAUAAACCACACCUCAUCUUCUAAUAUUAUUCUUCUACGUAUAUAAUUGCUCAGUAAAAAUAAAGUAAAACAAAAUUUGAUUGUGUAUAAUUUAAUAUGUAUUCGAAAAUGUGUUUUUAAUAAAACUAAUUAGAGUUUUUAAAAUUUCAUUAAAUAAUAUGUCUCAGUAACAUUAACUAAAACUUGCCCCUGAUUUCGAAAACUUAAACUAAAGGGAAUUGAUAAUUUUACAAUAAAUAAGAAGAGGACUUCUCCCCAGCACUUCCAACUAUCGACAUACAAUUCUUAACUUCUCAAAUAAAAAUUAAAUUUAAGGGCCAAAAUUUAGACGUACAGUCAAUUUUGAAAAUAUAUGACUACUAGCCAUAGGUGCAUAGUUUUCACAGCGUUAACAUAAUAAUAUUGUAUUGGAGUUAAUUUUUUUUUUUUAUUCUGUAUGUAACGGAGAAUGUAUUCGUUUUACGAUGAUGUUUAUUUCUUUUUUCUUUUAAAACUCUGACAAAAAUGUAUACUAGAAAUCUUGCUCCGAUAUUUAAGCGAUUUUUAUAAUAUCUGGGAAAACCUGGAAUAAAACGUAAGGAAAACGGAAAAUUUACGAAAACAAUGUUUUUAUUUUCAAUUUUGUUUUUUUGUUACAGUUCAGAUUAAAUUUUUCAUAGAAACUUGAAAUUUAGGCAGAGACCUUAUGUUUAUCUUUUCAAGAAGUAGUAAAUUUGUAAAAACAUUUCAGCGAUAUUUGAGCUAUUUAUAGACAUUUUAAUUAUCUGGAUAAUUUUUAUUUGGUGGGUACUCUGUGGACUAAAUUGUUAGACUAAACAGAAAUGCUAGAAAAUUGACACAGGAAAUUAAUUAUAAGUCGUAAUUUGUGAUAAAAACAAAACAAAUACGGACAUUCUUCAUAUAUGUGUAGGCCACUAUUGUAGAUGAGAAAUGUAUUUUUACUAAUAAAUUAUUAUUAAAAUUAUUAUUAUUUAAACUAAUACUCCAUCAAUUUACGACAUUUUAAUAUAAGUUCUCGUUUAAAAAACUAAAGUUAGCAUCACCACUUCUUAAAUUUUAUGAAAAAUCUAAAUAUUCAAAAAUAUUGCAUUUAAAUAUACUAAAUAUUUCAAAAAUUAAAAUUUGAAUACCUACAAAAUUCAACCAAAAAAUUGGGAUAAGCACGCUUGUUAAAUCACUCUGUAUAUAUAUAUUUGUUUAUAUAUUUUAAAAUAAAUAAUAAAUGAUUACUUUUCAAAAAAGGUAGUUAGGAAAUUGGGAAGGUAGUAAAGGGGAAAUUGAAUGUAUAUCUGUAAGCAACGUUAAAUCAUUUUUGAGUUAUUAGUGUUGUUUUUUCAACAAUUUAUAUGUCAUAUUAUGGUAAAAUAAUAACAUUAUAUACUUUCUUAAUAAUAUUUGUUUAAUAUUCUACCUAUUUUUCCGUUUUUUCUCUGUUUUUUCCAUUUGUUAAGAAAACUCCUGAGAAAAUCAAAAAAUUACAUCCUUAAAGAACCUCUUCAGUCAGAUUUCCUCUCAGAAAGAGUACUAUACUUGAAAAUCAGAGCAAGUUUGCUGAUAGUAAAGUUGUCCACAGAAGAAUAAAAAUAAACAUCAUUGUAAAAACAUAAGCACCUUCCCACCACUCAGAAUAUAAAAUUGAAUUUAAUGCAGUAUAUUUGAAUAUACUACAUAUAUACAUAUAUAUAUAUAUAAUAAUCGAGCUCAGCUCAUAAUCGUUUUUCGUUAACAACGAUUAAUCUUUUUUAACACAUAUACAUUAAAUUCCCCUCUAUAUUUUACCUUCCCAACUUCUCAUCUGCAACAGUGGUCCACCCAUCGUGCGAAGUAUGUCCGUAUUUUUAUAUUUACGAUAGUUGUACAAUUUGUUCAUACUAUAUAGCAAUAUUUAGCAUAUUAUAGUAAGUUGGUGCAGUUUUUCACUAAAAAAAAAAUAAUCGAGAUAAAAUAAUAUUUUAUUAAUUUAUUUGUAUAUUGUAUUUUAUUCGUAUAUUAUUUUAUAAAACAUUGACAAAGUAAAUUAGUAAAUUGAAAUAUUGUUAUAUCCAAGGAAUAAUUUAUUCCAAUAGUACGUAUAAUGUAAAGUAUAAAAUACCUAUUCACGCAACAAAAUAUAUAUUAUGUGUCUUUCGAUUUCAAUUACUUUGUAUUUCUAAAAAUGUUUACUUAUAUGUAUUAUGCAAUACCCUAUUCUGUAUAAUUAUAAGAGUUAUAUAGCCGAUACAGUAAUUUAUACAGGAUGAUUCACUAAGUAUAAUUUGUGUGGCGGCACGGUACGCGGCGUUUUAUUAGUACUCCACUACUCUUCCUCUACUUAAACUUAAAAGUAGAACAUCUCGUCAACAGUUUAACGGAAAUCAAAAAUUUCAACCCCUACAUUUGUUUAAAUACUUCAUCAAUUUAUGGAAUUUUUAAUAUAGGUUCUUGUUUGAAAAAUCAAGGUUAGUAUCGCCACUCCUUAAAAUAAAUUUUGUGAAAAAUCUAAGUAUUCAAAAAUAUCGGCUUUAAAUACACUUAACAAUUCCAAAAAUUAGAAUUUGAAUAUAUACAAAAUUCAACCGAAAAAAUGAGGUGAGCACUCUCGGUGAAUCGCCCUGUAAAAGUAAUAAUAAAUUAUUACUUUUCAAGAAAUUUAUAUAUCAUGUUAAAAUAAUCAUAUUAUACUACUUACCUACUAAAAUAUAUUUUAAUAUUUGUAUUAAUUUUUUUGUUUGUUCAUCACAGAUGUCUACAAGAAAUACAAAUAUAUUAGCACAUCCUGACGAACCAGAAAUUGUAACAUUCGAGCCAAAUAUGGCCAGAACGAAUUUUGAUACGAAUAUGUCUAUAAUCGUUAAAAACCAUUUUGCUUUUAUACAAAACCGUACAAUUGUCGUAAGCGUUGCCGGAAAUAACUGCGUUAAUCCAAAAACGUAUAAGAAUAACACCAUAAAUUGUACCGUACAUCGUUUAACGAAUCCGGAAAAGACUAACGGUCCAGUGAUCGUCGAGUACAGGUUUUCAGAACCACCAGCGUUAGAGUCACCAAUAAUCAUCAGGUCAGUAAAACAUUUUGAAUUCAACGUACCAGCAAAGAUAAAUCAUAAUUUUACAAAAUGCAUAUCCACCACGAAAGGUGGCAUUAUCAACAUGACUGGAGAGUUUCUAAACUAUACCAAAAACGUUAAGGUGCAGGUAGAAACUAAUUAUGCACAGAUACCGUGCGAGAUAAUCUUACACAAUAGUAAUCACAUUGACUGCCGGGUCGGGCCCAGCAACAAUUCAACAUCCGGUAAGGUGGUUAUUUUCUUCGGUAAUAAAACGGUUUUAGAGAUUAAAAAUUUUAAAUACAUUGACGAUCCGGCAAUAGAGACGGGACAAACGUUCGCGGGAAUCGCAUCGGGUGGUAUCCAGCUGAUGAUAAAGUUGAAAGGUGUCGAUUUUACUUGUAUGCGAAACCCGAUAAUGUAUGUAGACUACAACGGGACCAGAAUUCCAAGUAAAUGUUUGCUAUACAAAUAUGAUGUGAAAAUAAUCAACUGUCAGACGCCAAACCUCAACGGCCGGGGCCUGUCAUCGGUAACGAUCCUACCACUGACGUUCCAAGUGAACACACAACAAAACCAUAAUUUUGUAUUAAAUGCGACCGACCUGAUUGAUUAUCUGCUCUAUCCCGAUCCGACUUGCACAGAUUUCGAGGUAAACAGCAGUCUGAUUACGAUAAACGGCGUAUUUUUGUACAACGAUUAUCGUAUGGACGACAUAAUCAUUCGGUUACCGAACUCGAAUGACACAAUAUGUACCGUGUUUGCCGUCACCAAAAAAUCGAUUUUAUGUAAGACGACGACGCCUAAGUUGGUGUUCGGUGCCAAAGACAUUUUAAUCACCAUUGGCAAGAGCCUAACGAAAACCAUAAUGAGAAAACCUUUCGAAAACUCGAGUAAUCCAUCACAACUGGUCAGCGCACUCAGCACUGUUUCAAAGGCAUUUGCGUUUAUAGCUUUGAUGUUGGGGCUAUUAUACUGUCUGAAAACAAUACUGAUAAAUUCCAGAAAACUUUCCGAAAAUCGAUACAAAAAACAACUCCGAGAUAUCACUGCCAGUUUGGACGAAGAAUGAUAUUAUAUUAUAUGUAUUUAUAUUUUAAUCUAUAAGCUUAAUAUUUUGUUUAUUAUUGCUAAUUUGUUAUUUUAUUUAUAAAUAGUGGAUCAUAAACUAUUGAGUUAAACACAUUCUAUAUAAUAUCUAUAUGCUAUCUAAAUUAAAUGUUUGUAAUGUAUUUUUUUAUAAUAUGGUUUCUAACGUAAUUUGUUUCUCUUCAUUUUUGGUUUAUUUAUUUAUUUAUAAUAAUUAUCAUCCGCAAGGGGUAAAUGCACAUAGAGUUUUUUAACACUAAUACAAUACACUAAGACACAUAAAUACAAUUUUAUAUCAUAAGUAUAAUUAAUUUCAUAUGUACGAUGAUCUCAACGUGGUAAUUGAGUCAAAAUUGAAAUCAAAAUUAGUUAGUUGGUUAAAUAACUUAGGAAAACGACCCAUCAGACUAUAAGCUACGUAAUUUCUGAAGCUAAACAGAACAUGAAACGUAGAUUUAAUUCUGGAAUCAAAAGCGGGAACUUUAAAACCAAUUUCAGAUUACAGCUAAUAGUUUGUACACAAAAAUGAAUAUUUCUGAAGAGUGUCUAACGAUAGAGUGUCUAGACCAUUUUGAUUAACAAUAAAUUGGAUAAGUACUUGUAUAUGUAUAAUGUAGGUACAUGCCUACACUUAUAUUACUACAAUUAGUGUAGGUAUGCAUUUUUAAAAUUUAAUUUUCUUUUUUAAAAUCUAUACCAAAGCCUUUGUUGUUUGGGACCAAAAAUAUACAUUUUGUUUUAGAAAAACCACGCAUCGAUUACUUAUAUAAACCAUUAUAGAAUUUAU